CUAUAUGGCAGACAGUAAGGAGAACUACGAAUGAGAUCUUGGGAGUUAAAGGGUUAAUUACAGAAAUCUGUGGCAUAGCUGGAGUAUUUUUAAAAUUCAGCCUUUUCUCUUAUUAUUUUUAUGAACCAUUUAUUAAUUAAUUUGCUAUUGAAAAGAGGAAACAGUUUGAAAAGAGCACAAACUCAUGAAAAAACUUCAAUUGAGUCUUAUGCAAAGCAAGAUGUUUCAAAAUUAAACCAAGAGAAAAUGGAAAAAAUGCUUGAAUUAGCUUGUGUACAGCCUCCCCUCUACCCUAAACAACAUCAUAAAGGCAUCCUUUCCCAAUUUUUUUGUGUGUUUGUGUUUAGUACAUGUAGGGAUAGGCUCAGUACAAAGGCCUUGACUCUUGUCUGAAGAAAUAAAUUUGAAGCUUUUUAUGUCUCUCCUUACAUGUAUUUACAAUCCUUUGAAUACUUGAUCUGCGUCAAGCUCUCCCUUUUUCAUAAUUAUGUGGAUUGUAGUCAGUAUGAACUUUUUCUAACUGAAUAAAUUCACAUAGUCCUCCAUCAAUGUAAAUCCAAAUUGGAUGAAGCAGGAGAUAUGUCUGCAAACAAGACAACAAAACAUUUAACCCAAUCAAAAUGUCAGUGUUCAAUAGUGACAUGGUUGAUUCUACUGUUGUUUUGUUUAUUCUUCACAUGACUCUUAGUCAAAAGUUUAAACUCCACAAUACCUUUUGGCAAACCUUUAUAUACAUGUUUCUUGUUUACUUUCCAUUUUUAUUUCCAGACAACUGUGCACAGGAGAAUUCAGGUAAAAAUAUGUUUUGAUAUUAUUCCUCUGCUUCACCUGAAUUUAAGAAAUUACAGAAAAAAGGUUUGAUCCUAGGUUUAACCUUAAUCUCAUCUAACAUCAGUAUGCAUAUUCUCCAUACUGUUCUCUAUACAUUUCCUAAGGUGCUGACAAGGAGUAUUAGCUUAACGAUCCAGAGCUUCUGUAGUUGUUGAUCAUUUUCAUUAUUCUCAUGACCUUAAUGUGUGAUUCAGGGGAUAGAUUGUAAGGAGAAAUUAGAUGCUAGUCACUCUUAUGGGCUAAAGAGUUAAGGUUCACCACACAUAUUCUGUCCAAUGUCUGUCUGAUUGAUAUAUUUAACUGUAGAUGGAAUGAGCAAUGACUUUUUGGUUGUUUUAAAAAAGUACAUUCUGUAUAUAAGUAAAUUCAAGAAAUCUUCUUUGUUCUUAAUUACAGCCACUCAUUUUUUUUUCUCUCUUAGAAAAGAUGGAAUACCUCAAGGAUUCAAAGGGGCCUUCUUUCACAGGUUUGUUGUAAUUUUAGUUACAUACAAUAAAGACCUCUAAAAUGAUUGCCUUUUUUUUUUUUUAAUUUAGGAACAAAACAUUGCAUGUCUGUACUACAUGUACACAGUGUAUACAGGCAAUUUUAGAUGUCAUAGUGUCUAAGAAUGCAAAUUUUUGUGAUGGUAUAUAAUUAUUGCACAUAGCAAUGAUACUUGUCAUCUUUGAUUGCUUCUUUAAGAUUUAUGCUUUUAUCUGGCAGGGUUAUAAAAGACUUCAUGAUCCAAGGUGGCGACUUUGUCAAAGUAAGUGCUGCUAAUGCUUGGUAUCCAGAAUCCAUGUCACUCAGGACUUUCAAAAGCAAACGUUAUCUCCUCCCUCCAAACUUUAACUGUGCACCUGACCAUUUGUUCCACAUUAAUCAAAACUAUAAUAAAAUUCUCAAACGUGACUGGUUAUCAUCAGGCCAAUUUGAGCACUAAUAGGACAGCAUAUGCAUCAUGCUUGUAAUUGGACAGUUGGAGGGUCAGUUAACAUGUCAUGCCUGUGUAAGUGGACAGAACACACCAUGUGUGCAUGCUUUUCUCUCACAUUUUGCAAAGUUAAUUGUUGCCAUUGUUGUUGUUGUUUUUUUUAUGGAAAUGUACACAUAACUGAUGUCUAGUUUCUUUCUGAAAUUUUGUCAUAAUUUUGACUAAUUGGUAACAGGACUUUGUGUGGUCCAGUUCUGUCUGUGAUCAGUCUGACUUGUGAUUAAUAAAUUAGACUCCCACUUCACAGUAGUCCAAUUGUGUUGAUCACUUGAAUGUAUGAUUACAGACAGAAUAGGGCUCCACUCAGUCUUAUUACCAUUAUUAAUUUAAAAAAUAUUAAUCUCUCAUGUCCUGUUUAUUAAUCCUGUUAAUGAAGAAAGAAACUUGUCUGAGUAAAAUGUUUGUGGCUCGUCCCCACUUUAGUUUCAUGUGCUCACUGAGAGAAUACUUUUGCUGGAUGCCUGGCAACCCCCUACUCUGUCAGCAUGUAAGGGUUGAAAUAAAUUUAUUCAAGGUCCUUAAUUGAUCCAUGUCUCACAUAUGUGGUAUAUGCAGUCUAUUUUUCCUGCACAUAAUUUUUUUAAAAAUUUUUCCUAAGGGUGACGGUACAGGGGUUUUUAGUAUUUAUGGAGAGGUUGCAUUCCCUGAUGAAAAUUUCAAGUUAAAACAUGAUGCAUCAGGUCUUCUUUCUAUGGUGAGUGUGAUUCAACAAGUUUGUAUGAUUAUGCAGGAGUUCAUUGGUAUAAAUAGUAUCUUACUUCUUUGCAUUUCUUUUGAUGGUAAUUACAUGCAACAACAAGUCUCAGUGCACCUCUAAUACUCUCCACUAUUGCAUUGAUGGUUACAAUUGUUUUAUAGCUUGGUCCAUCACAGGCGGCCCAAGAUCACAUCUCGAGAAAAAGCCAACGAGGAAUUCAUGAACACGUCACGCGUUGUGUGACUCGGUGUUAAGUUACGGGAGGAACCGUUGAAAAUUUGAACACGUUAUAAGGAAUAGUAUGGGGAACGAAAUAUGGUCGAUUUACAACGAUAAAUAUUUCAAAAUAUGAAUAUUUUACAUAUAAAAUCAAUAAAAACUUACUCAUGCCCCGUGUAUCUGUCGUAGUUUCUGGCGAUUUCUGCCGUUUUAAGCUUGCUUUACCAUCACUGUUAUCCAUGUCAAAAGAUGUAAAAUAUUCAUACUUUUUCUCGAGAUGUGAGCUUGGGCCGCCUGUGGGUCCAUUCUUGACUUCCUUGAUUUAAAUGAUAAAUUUAUCCAAUGGUAUUUUUAGGCAAACAGUGGUCCAAACACAAAUGGAUGUCAGGUAAGCAUACAUGUAAACAGUAUAGUUAUAUUCAAAGGUAUUUAACAUUUGUAGCACUAUUAAGGCUGUGUUCAUGGUAAUGUUUAGAUUUCAGUUUUCAUCUAGCUUUUUUCUCUGAAAACUGUGCCCCUUUUAGAACAGAGAAUGUAGACAGACAAAUUUAGAGCACCCUUUCAUGCUUAAUGGAGACAUUGUCUUUCCAUUUUGUCAUGCAGUUCUUUAUCACCUGUGCCAAGUGUGAUUUUCUUGAUGGGAAGCAUGUUGUAUUUGGUAAGUAUAAUUAAAACAAUAUGAACAAAGUUAAUUUCUUCGUUGAGCUAACAAUAAAACCUCCCAUUAAUUUAGUUCCCAGGUUCACCAUGUACAGUGUAGUGUUACCAUCUUGAUACUUGUGAAUAAUAUUUUCAAUCAGUCAACAAUGUUUGUAAAAUGAAAUAAAUAAUUCUAAUUUAAUUUAUUUAUGUUGUUAAGAACGUUGUUGUUGUUGUUGUUGCCAAUGAGUGUUGUCUUUGUAACCUAUUGAGAUUUAUUUCCUGUAAUUAUUCAUUUGUUGUGGUUAUUAUUUGUUAUGACUGGCAUUCAAUGUAAACUAGAAAUUAGAAAUUUUCUCUUCCCAUGUAGAAUUUGCCAGCAAUUUGUGUGCAUUUUUAUAUUUUCCCUAUGUGAAUUCCAAGUUAUCUAUUGAAGGAAUGUUACUCUUCUAAAAAGGGCAAUAUUCUGUUUACAUAUUAUUUUAUGUGAUUAUUGGAAAAUCAGUAUUCACAUUUACUGUUGUGAUUUUAGGUAAAGUUGUUGAUGGACUGUUAGUGAUGAGAAAAAUAGAGGUAUUGUUAAGUUUGUGUGUACAUUGUAUGUUCAUUUGUACAGUUUUGUGAGUUUGCUUGAACUUUGUGCAUAUUUUAGAGUUUCCUGAAAGAAGGAAGGGAGGGCAAAUAAAUCUCACUUCCCAGCCUAAAAUUUUCCCCAAUAGUAUUGCACUCUUUUUGUUUUUAGAAUACAUCCCCUCACCAAGUUCAGUGUACCCAGUGUAAUUCUUAGUCUAUGUAAAAAAUGUCCCAAAAAAAUCUUGAUUUACUUGGUGUAAUACCUUCUUGCUGCUCUCUUGGGUAAAUCCUCAUUGAUGUUAUAAUAUGUGAUAAAUUAAGUUGCUGUACAAUGAAUUUUGCCUGUAUAUCUUGUGGAAACAUAGUGUAGCCUUUCUCUGUCUUGCCAAUAUAAUUUUUAUUGCUCAGUAAAGUGAUUUAUGACCCUAUUAUCGUUGUCAUUUAUCUCCUUUUAGAAUGUUCCUACGGGACCCAACAACAGACCUAAAUUACCUGUGGUUAUAUCGCAGUGUGGAGAAAUGUAG